UCAGAAUAUACAGAAACAGAAAACAAUGGACACGGUGGCGGUCAGAAAUCCAACAUACAUAAAGACUUACCCUUUAUGGUGGUCUACCUAGUGUUUUGUUUACUGGGAAUUAUCGGAAACGGUCUUGUCAUCUGGUUCAGCAUCUUCAGGCUUAAGAAGACGGUGAACGUGGUGUGGUACCUCAGCUUGGCCAUGGCCGAUUUCUCCUUUGCAUUUUUCAGUCCUUUGAAUUAUACGCAAGUUUUAUUAGGAUAUGGGGGAUUUCAAAACAUGUGCAAGAUAAUCCAUUUCUUACUGUACAGUAAUGUGGGCAUCAGUCUUCUCCAGAUCACAGUCAUCAGUGUAGACCGAUGUAUCUGCGUUGUGUUCCCCAUAUGGUGCCACAACCAUCGGAGGCCAAGAUUGGCUUUCAUCGUUGUCCUGAUCAUUUGGACUAUCUCCUUUGCUUCGUCUAUAUUCCCCAUAUUGUUCUCGAAGAUUUCUAAUGUUAAUGAAAGGAUGGUAUGUUCAGUGUCGUCAGAUCUAUCCAGCUGGAGGAGGAAGAAGACAAUUUUGGAAUUGGUUUUCACCUUCCUCCUACCUUUAAUGAUCAUUGUCUUCUGUUACAUCGUGAUUAUUGUGCAUGCCAGAAGGAAACGCAUUAUUACUUCUUCAAAGCCUCUUAAAACCAGUGUGGCUGUCAUCAUCGUGUUCUUCGUCUGUUGGUUUCCUAUUCAUUUGUAUUACCUUCUUGUUGCCUUCGGAGGAACGUUGCUUAAUUCCUAUGUACGUUACUACUCAUAUUUAGCUGCCAUGCUCCUGGUAGUCCUGAACAGUUGUAUUAACCCCGUCCUCUAUGCCUUCAUUGGUCGAGAUUUGAAGAAAAAAUUCUGCGGUUCGUUCCAGGCUAAGCUUGAAAAAGCAUUUAUCGAAGAGGACAAGGAAGUCUACGAGAAACAAGAAGGGCGUUCAGCAGUUCCAAGUUUACGUCAAGAUUACAAAGAAAAAGAACAAGCAGAAGUCAUAGGAUGAAUUUUACAACUUCAAUGAUGAUAACAUGGAAAACAUCU